GGAAGACGAAGAGGCCACAUGGGGUGCUCUACGGUGGCCGAGAGGACGCUGCUGGUAUGCUAACGAGUCAAGAAGCACCCCUGAGAGGUGUGGGAAGUAGCUCUCAAAUCCAACUCCCCGAGUCUCGAGGAACGUGACCGACAACCGUCACCAUGGUGAAGGAGCAGUUCCGAGAGACGGAUGUGGCUAAGAAAAUAAGCCACAUCUGUUUUGGAAUGAAGUCACCUGAGGAGAUGCGCCAGCAGGCACACAUCCAGGUUGUGAGUAAGAAUCUGUACAGCCAGGACAACCACCAUGCCCCCUUGCUGUACGGGGUGCUUGACCAUAGGAUGGGUACCAGUGAGAAGGACCGGCCUUGUGAGACCUGUGGGAAAAACCUGGCCGACUGUCUGGGCCACUACGGCUACAUUGACUUGGAAUUGCCAUGUUUUCACGUGGGCUACUUCAGAGCAGUUAUAGGCAUCUUACAGAUGAUCUGCAAGGCUUGCUGCCACAUCAUGCUGUCCCAGGAGGAGAAAAAGCAGUUUCUGGAUUAUCUAAAGAAGCCCGGCCUGACCUACCUCCAGAAGCGAGGGCUGAAGAAGAAAAUCUCUGACAAGUGCCGAAAGAAAAACGUCUGCCAUCACUGUGGUGCUUUUAAUGGUACUGUAAAGAAAUGUGGAUUACUGAAGAUAAUUCAUGAGAAAUACAAGACCAACAAAAAAGUAGUGGAUCCUAUUGUAUCAAAUUUCCUUCAGUCCUUUGAAACAGCCAUCGAGCAUAACAAAGAAGUAGAGCCGCUGCUGGGAAGGGCACAGGAAAACUUGAAUCCCUUAGUAGUUCUGAAUUUAUUUAAACAAAUCCCAGCUGAAGAUGUCCCUCUACUUCUGAUGAACCCAGAAGCUGGAAAGCCCUCCGAUUUGAUUCUCACACGACUUCUAGUGCCCCCGUUGUGUAUCAGACCUUCUGUCGUGAGUGAUUUGAAGUCAGGCACCAAUGAAGAUGAUCUGACAAUGAAAUUGACAGAAAUCAUUUUCCUAAAUGAUGUCAUUAAAAAGCAUCGGAUAUCAGGAGCUAAGACCCAGAUGAUCAUGGAAGACUGGGAUUUCUUACAGCUGCAGUGUGCCCUCUACAUUAACAGCGAGCUCUCAGGCAUACCCCUCAACAUGGCACCUAAGAAAUGGACCAGGGGUUUCGUCCAGCGCCUGAAGGGGAAACAGGGUCGAUUCAGAGGCAAUCUCUCAGGAAAGAGAGUGGAUUUUUCUGGCAGAACAGUCAUCUCACCUGACCCCAACCUCCGGAUUGAUGAGGUAGCUGUGCCAGUUCAUGUGGCCAAAAUUCUAACUUUUCCUGAGAAGGUGAACAAAGCAAACAUCAGCUUUCUGAGGAAACUGGUCCGUAAUGGCCCUGAAGUUCACCCUGGAGCCAAUUUCAUUCAGCAGAGACAUACACAGAUGAAAAGGUUUUUGAAAUACGGAAAUAGGGAAAAGAUGGCUCAGGAGCUCAAGUACGGGGACAUUGUAGAAAGACACCUCAUAGAUGGAGAUGUGGUGCUGUUCAAUCGGCAGCCCUCGCUGCACAAGUUGAGCAUUAUGGCGCAUCUGGCCAGGGUCAAGCCCCACCGGACCUUUAGAUUUAAUGAGUGUGUCUGUACACCCUACAAUGCGGAUUUUGAUGGCGAUGAAAUGAACCUUCAUCUUCCUCAAACAGAAGAAGCUAAAGCAGAGGCCCUUGUUCUGAUGGGGACUAAAGCAAAUCUUGUAACCCCAAGGAAUGGAGAACCACUAAUUGCUGCUAUUCAGGAUUUUCUAACAGGUGCCUAUCUCCUCACUCUUAAGGACACUUUCUUUGACCGAGCCAAGGCUUGCCAAAUCAUUGCUUCCAUAUUGGUUGGCAAGGAUGAGAAAAUUAAAGUUCGCCUCCCACCACCCACCAUAUUAAAGCCUGUCACCCUGUGGACGGGAAAGCAGAUCUUCAGUGUCAUCCUCAGACCUAGUGAUGACAACCCAGUGAGGGCCAACCUCCGAACCAAGGGCAAGCAGUACUGUGGCAAAGGAGAAGAUCUCUGUGUCAAUGACUCCUAUGUUACUAUCCAGAACAGCAAUUUGAUGAGUGGCAGCAUGGACAAAGGAACACUGGGAUCAGGAUCCAAAAACAAUAUUUUUUACAUUUUGCUGCGAGACUGGGGGCAGAAUGAAGCUGCCGAUGCAAUGUCACGGCUUGCAAGGCUAGCUCCUGUCUACCUCUCAAACCGUGGAUUCUCAAUUGGGAUUGGUGAUGUCACACCUGGCCAAGGGCUGCUAAAGGCCAAGUACGAGUUGCUGAAUGCUGGCUACAAAAAAUGUGAUGAGUACAUCGAAGCCCUAAACACAGGCAAGCUGCAGCAGCAGCCUGGUUGCACUGCAGAAGAGACUCUGGAGGCUUUGAUCCUCAAGGAGCUGUCUGUGAUCCGCGAUCACGCUGGCACUGCCUGCCUCCGAGAGCUGGAUAAGAGCAACAGCCCCCUCACCAUGGCUCUGUGUGGCUCUAAAGGUUCCUUCAUUAACAUAUCACAGAUGAUUGCCUGUGUGGGACAGCAAGCCAUCAGUGGCUCUCGAGUGCCAGAUGGCUUUGAAAACAGGUCCUUGCCUCACUUUGAAAAACACUCAAAGCUCCCAGCUGCCAAAGGCUUUGUGGCUAAUAGCUUUUAUUCCGGUUUGACACCAACCGAGUUUUUCUUCCACACAAUGGCUGGCCGGGAAGGUCUAGUCGACACAGCUGUAAAGACAGCUGAAACAGGAUAUAUGCAGAGAAGGCUUGUGAAGUCCCUUGAAGAUCUUUGUUCACAAUAUGACUUGACAGUCCGAAGCUCUACAGGUGAUAUUAUCCAGUUCAUUUAUGGGGGAGAUGGCUUGGAUCCUGCAGCUAUGGAGGGAAAAGAUGAACCUUUGGAGUUUAAAAGGGUUCUGGACAACAUCAAAGUAAGAUUUAGCAUUAUAUCUGAGCCUGCCUUGGAGUCAAGAAACAAGACUCUCACCCACGAAGUGCUCUGAAAAUAAACAACUGAUGCUUGCUGUGUAAUCUUUCAGGAAAUAAAAAAAUUCAUUAAAGGGGUUUCAGAGAAGAUAAAGAAAACCAGAGAUAAGUACGGCAUCAAUGAUAACGGCACAACAGAGCCCCGAGUGUUGUACCAGUUGGACCGGAUCACCCCCACCCAAAUAGAAAAGUUCCUGGAGACCUGUAGGGACAAGUAUAUGAGGGCACAGAUGGAGCCAGGUUCUGCAGUGGGUGCACUCUGUGCCCAGAGCAUUGGGGAGCCAGGCACCCAAAUGACCCUGAAGACUUUCCAUUUUGCAGGUGUAGCCUCUAUGAACAUCACCCUUGGUGUGCCCCGAAUCAAAGAGAUCAUCAAUGCUUCCAAGGCUAUCAGCACUCCAAUCAUCACAGCACAGCUAGACAAGGAUGACGAUGCAGAUUACGCUCGCCUGGUGAAAGGGAGAAUUGAGAAAACCCUCUUGGGAGAGAUUUCAGAGUAUAUUGAAGAAGUGUUUCUUCCUGAUGAUUGCUUUAUUCUCGUCAAGCUCUCCCUGGAACGGAUCAGACUUCUGAGACUGGAAGUGAAUGCUGAGACGGUGCGAUAUUCCAUCUGCAUGUCCAAGCUCCGUGUGAAGCCCGGGGAUGUGGCCGUUCACGGCGAGGCCGUGGUGUGUGUCACCCCCAGAGAGAACAGCAAAAGCUCCAUGUACUAUGUGCUCCAGUUCCUGAAAGAGGAUCUCCCCAAGGUGGUUGUGCAAGGCAUCCCAGAAGUGUCCAGAGCUGUUAUCCACAUCGACGAGCAGAGUGGAAAGGAGAAGUACAAGCUCCUGGUGGAGGGUGAUAACCUACGGGCAGUCAUGGCCACCCACGGCGUGAAGGGCACCCGAACCACCUCCAAUAACACAUACGAGGUGGAGAAAACUCUGGGCAUCGAAGCUGCCCGGACAACUAUCAUCAAUGAAAUCCAGUACACGAUGGUGAACCACGGCAUGAGCAUCGACAGGAGGCAUGUGAUGCUGCUUUCUGACCUGAUGACCUACAAGGGUGAAGUCCUGGGCAUAACUAGGUUUGGUCUGGCCAAGAUGAAGGAGAGUGUGCUCAUGCUGGCCUCGUUUGAGAAGACAGCUGACCAUCUGUUUGACGCUGCCUACUUUGGGCAGAAGGACUCCGUCUGUGGGGUGUCCGAGUGCAUCAUCAUGGGGAUCCCCAUGAACAUUGGGACUGGGCUGUUCAAGCUGCUCCACAAGGCCGAUAGGGACCCAAGCCCUCCCAGGAGGCCCCUGAUCUUCGAUACAAACGAGUUCCACAUCCCUCUUGUCACGUAGUUCAGGGAAGAGGGCACCAUUCCUGACCUCGGCUCUUGGUCCUGUCUGGAAAGGGGUUCAAGGCCAGCAGCUGACUCAAGAGCUUUGUAUUCCCUGGGACAGAGACUCUAAUGUUGCCAUCAUGCCAGCAUGAUGGCAGUCAGAGAAGGCCUCCAGCGUCCCCGGGAGCUGUUCAUCCAGUAACCUGAUCUCUCUGCAGCGCCUGGUUGGGAGAACUGAGGUUUGUCUGUCUGUUUGAAACCUAAUUGAUCUACGGACAGCGCAGCACCUUCUGCCCAUUCUGCCUUCCUGGACUUAGAGGGAGGCCCCAACUAGGCAUUUUUGCUCAUUCCCACCUCACCCUUCCAUCCAUCAGCUCCCAGGGGUAGCUCACCCUGAUGACCACGAGCCAGGGCAAGGGCACUUUCCAGGUUUUUCCGUUCAUCAGGUCAUGCUGGAAAGCAAUGUGACAUACUCAUGUAAAUAUUCUUAUUAUUUAUUUGUUCAGUUUAAAGGAUUUGGAGUGUCUAUUGGGUUUUGUUUUUUGUUUGGUUUUUUUUUUUUUGGUUUUACUUCUGGAAGCCAAGAAGCUGUAGAAACCAAGAAAGCUAGCAUUGGAACAUAACUGGAGAAACUGGCUAAACAAAUGGCACCAUCUAGGAUUUGUACCAGGGCUGAAACCAUAGUGAAGCCCAGGCUGCUCUGAAACAUCUUUUACAGAUGCCCCUGGCCACCCUGUUGUUUUGUCUACUUCCAACCCCAUGGAGGGACUCUCCCUUGUGACAAGAGUCAAACCCAUUCUUCAUGGCCUGUAGAAGCUUUACCGUAGUUUGGGGCCUGCUGAGAUGGGGACUACCGGUGUACGCAGAGAUGAUGAUGAGGCUGGCUCAGGCCCCCGUCUCUGCCUGGGUGGCAUCCACACCCCUCCCUAGGUCUCUGCGUGCAUGCCCUGCCUCCCUCAGCCAGAGAGCACACGGGGGAGGUGCAGAGCUGGCGGUCUGAAAAGUACCUUGGGGGCAGCAGUGGGAGAGAGCCCUCCUGAGUACAGACAGGCACCAGUUGUAAGGGGUGAAAGAGCCUCAGGGAGGAUACCCACAUGGGCGUGGGGGUGUCAGCUAGAGCUGGGUGUGCCCCCAGUUGGCAACAGCGGGCUCCUCAAAGAGUCUCCUGUGACAAUAGAAAGCGCAUGUCAGGCUGUAAGGAGAGGACCAGCAGCACCCUGCAGGAGAACCCGUGUUCAGUCAUCUCCUUGGGCUUCUGCCAAUGACUGCACCCUCACUGGUGGUUUUUUUCAAAGCUGGUGAGGGGUUUUGUGCGACAUAGGAAAAAAUGUACACAGCAUGUUUCUAGAGAGCAGAAGAGUUUUGCUUCUGGAGACAGUGGUUGGUUGUGCCGAUUUCCCUCCAUAGGCUUGGCCCAUGGCCAUGGCCAUGGAGAAGAAAUGGUGAUGGCUAUAGCUCUACUCCCUCUGGAGAAUGUUCUGCAGAGCCUGUCCUCCCCUCCCUGCCCUGAGCCUUGUCCAUUGUUCUGGCUCUUCCUCCCCAAGGGGCCUUAGAACACCAAGGCUGCUUAGUUGAGAGUGAUAAGACAGUGAAAAGUGGGGCUUAGACUCUACUUUCUGGCUCCAUGCACUUAAGAAGGUCUACUUCUGAAAUGAAACAGCCAAUUUAUCUCAUUGCUUCAAGCCUCUGGAAGAAACCACAGCCCAAACCAAAGAGGUAUGAGGUGAUUAUUGAGUUAAAAGAUGGCUUAGGUGAUUAAAGAAAUGAGGUAUGGUAAAAGAAAAAUCAGGAGGCUCAAAGAACUCAAGUAGUAGUUUAUAGAAUUAUACUUACAUUCUUUAAACAUUCUGUAAUUUCCCAAGUUCUGAGUUAAUGCUGUUAAGGUGCUUAGUAUAACAGUAGGUCUUUGGGUUUGUGUUAGAAUGAGUGCUGCUUUUCCCAUACUGAUAUGAUUCCUAAUUCAGAAUUCUUUACCUGAUUUAUUUUUGGUUUAAAAUUGCAUUAAAAUUAGUUUGGCUCUGUGGUCUCCCUACACCCAUAAAA